CUCCACCCCCACCACCCCCACCACCACCACCAUCACCACCACCAUCACCACCACACCUGACAGCCAACGCAAGGCAGUAUGGGUAGUGAGGUGCUGGGGAGCGCUACUACUGACGAAGUUGGUGGUGCUGGCGGUGUUUGACGUGAAGUGAAAGGAAAAGAGAGAACGAGUAGGAAAGAGGAAAACAAACCUUCGUGAAGAAAUACAAAAAGAGGGAAAAAAGAGAAAACAUAAAUCUUUUCAAAUUCAAAUAGACGGAUCAUUAAAUUUUAUAAAGUGCGACAAGUGAGAAAAAAAGCGUCUGAGGGGGAAAGGAAAGGGGCAAGAAGGAGGCGACUGAAGGAGUGUAAAGGGAGGGAGUGAGGGGAGUGAAGGGACAAGAGUGAAGGGAGAAGGUGAGGGGAAAGUGAGACAAGAGAGCAAGAGAUAAGUCAAGAUGAUGGGAAGACGUCUCGGAGGCUGGAAGACACACCUGUUCCUCUUCGCCACCUGUGUGUUGCUAAUUACAGAUGUGGCACGAGGGAGCGAGCCAGAUGACGUGAUGGCGGUGGAGGGCAGCAGUGACGGUGAAACAGGAGGCGGCAGCGGAGGAGGCGAGGAGGAGGCACUAAGGGCGGCAGUGGAGGCAGAACCAAGAGGAGGAGGAGGCGGAGGAGGAGAGACAACGAGAAGAGGAGACGAGGGCGGGGUGGUGGUGGUGGAGAACGGCACUGUGGAGGCUGUGGUGCUGGAUUGUCCAUUCCACCUGGAGGAUAAGGAUAUGGAGGGCAUCCACAUCAACUGGUUCCACAGCAGCGACCAUAAACCCAUCUAUUUGUGGAUACCCGAGAAGGAGCCAAAGCUCUAUGGAUUCUUGGAGGGCCGUGUGGACCUCUCCUACGAAGCCUCCCCGGAAGCCUUACACCGCCACCGCGCUCUCCGCAUCCUCGAGCCCACCACGGACGUCGACGGCCGCUACGUAUGCCGCGUCUCAACCUUCACCAAGGAGCUCAAAUACAAACAGGAGCUGAUCGUCUUCAGUGGCCCCCGUGACGUGGAGGUGAUGGCGGAGGAGCGGGAGGAGGGGCAGGUGGCGGUGAUCUGCAGGGUGGACGAGAUCUAUCCCCAACCUGUGCUUUACCUGUACAAGAAGUCCCACGUGAAAGACAGCGAGGUCCUGAGCGGAGGGACGCCCAUCAUCUCCUCCUCCCACGGCACCUACAACAUGGAGGUGGAGAAGGUGCUGCAGGAGGCCACCCUCGAUGGACCCACCGACUUCGAGUGCCACGCGACCAUCCCCAACACCACGAUCCGGGUCGUGGCCUCCACCAAGUACCAGCCCAGGAUUUCGGUGACAACAGGUGCAGUGAUUGCAGGUACCAGCACUCAGCAGGCCUCAGCAGUGCUCCUGGCUGUGCUGUCCCUGCUGUCACUCUCUCUACUGUGUGUCUGAGAGGAUCCCAUUGCCACAAAGUCAAGGAGAAUGAAGAGUCUGAGCUACUGGGAGUACCUCAAGAGGAUUGCUGUUGCGCAAAGUUAUUCUUUUAUACACUCUUCACGUAUACCUUAUAAACACUUCCUUCAACAUU